AUGCAAAUUCCACAUCCCCCGCUGGCCUUUUUGACCGUCAACUCAGAGUACCUGCUGAAGAUUCGACAUUUUCUCAAAAGAAAGAAGGAUGUGGAGGUUGUUGCAGAUGGGAAGUUCUUCGACAGCGUCGCCUUCUGGCAGAGGGCGUACGAAGAGUCGCAAGCGGAGCUAACGAAACUCCUCAACAACAUCUACGAGUUGGAGCAAAGCAACCGGUGUCUACUUGCCGAAUCGAAAGCAAAGGCCCAGGAAGGCGACGGCAUCAAUGGAAUCUCAACGAAGCGCAAGGUUGGCAGUACGACCUGCAUCAUGGAGAGCUCUGCAACAACGAGGAAAAAAUCUCGACGAGCUAAGCAUGGAGCAGGAGACACUGAAGAUGAUAUUGAAUCACCUUCACUCAUGAGGCCCAUGUACGCGCUCCAGCGCGCCCUGCAGAGAAGACGCGGCGCCAGUUCUCUCGCCAUUGAUGCGGUGAUUUUGUGCAAAACAGCCGAGCACGAACUAUUGAGCGCCAUCCAACGGGAAUUACACAUAACAAAGCAGACAGGUCAGAUCAAGAGUCAGAAUGGGAGAAACCCCAGUCUGCUUGCCGUCAUUCGAGGCGUGGAGGUAUCUUUCCAUCUUGUGCACAGAUCACUCAGAAGCAUCGCCGGUGCAAAGGAUAGGAGUCAGGGCCAAAUCAUCUACUACCUUGUAUGCCUGUUCGAGUCCACCAUGACUGCCCUUACCCAGCGCAGCACCGCUCUGCGUGGACGAAUGUCCCAGAAUCAGGAUCUAGCCGUCUUCCUCAAAGCUGACGCUACCGCAUACCAGGGCCUGAGCGAUCUCCUCUCUGAAAUGAUGCUUUCACUUGAUGUGAGCCGUCAAGAAGAGCAGAAGGUCAUGGAAGGGUUCUUUUUUGUUGUCCUUGACCGUAUUGGAAAGAUGCUUGCUCUUUUCACGUUCAAGAAUUUGCACUUGGCGACCGAUGUUUGCUCAAAACUAAGACCCCCGGAUGGAUUGGCCGCACUGAGCCGGGAGAAUCGAACACCUCAAGACAUCCAAAUUGAAGCAAAGUACCUGAUGGUAUUUUUGGAAAAUGUGUUGGGCUCCAAAUCCCCUCUGAAAGCUCAUCAAUCGCCCAUGCAGUCUCGUUUUGUCCAGAAGAUGAGAAAUCGCCUUCAAAAGACUUUGUUGCAGACGGUGUUCGGCGCUGAGGACCCUUUGUUCCAAGAUGCUUUGGUGCGCCCGACCACUCCACCUCCCCAGAGUCGUGAUGUCCAUCAUUUGGAAGAUUCAGAGUUUCCAGAGUGGUUCACGGAGGAACUAUGGAGAUUAGUUGGAUGGGACCUGUUAAACUCAACGGUCUGUUCUCGCUGA